UAAGAGCAGGGAGGAGUUUGAUGACGAGCUUAGGGUCCUGUGCGAGAAGCUGGAGUUAAGGAAACAGUAAUACAUGAAGGAGUGUAGGGAACUCGCGGGGAGGGCGGCGAGGGUCGAACAAAUCUUCUUGAGAAUCUGGGGGUUGGAUGACUCUCACCUAGACGGUAAGGUACCCGAAACCCCUGAUCAUAAUCCUCCCGUCAAUCACGAUACUCCUGCCACACGUUGCAAUGAUCUCGCAAUCGAAGAGGAGGAAAGGAUUGAGAUGGAACUGGCGAUUGCCGCCAUUACGGCCUCCAUCCGGGAUUCUCCGCUCACAACUGAAAGGGUAGGAGGUAGUGCGUCGGAACGUGAUCAGUACACCGCAUUUGUACCUCUCGCGUCUGCUUUUUGGGUUGAGCAUAUGUCCACUGGCCACAAACACGCGAUAUGGAAAAUAGACACUUUCAACCACCUCGCACCGAUCUCCAUACGAGCAUUUCAGUUUCUGGGGAACAUCACGGACGAGCAGGUCAGGCAAUGCAGGGCACAAAUAUUAAAAGGGAAAUUGAAAUACAGUGGCAGGGUUACUCCUCUGGACCCGCAGGAUCUUAAGUUCCCCCCUAUGCGCGAGUUGGAUCCGGACAAGUGUGGGGCGUCUAGUUCAGGCAUGUGGCAGAAGGGCAUCAGGCAGGAAGGUAAGCCGGAGCUCAGGGCUUUGAGGAAGGUAUGGAGUGUAGGACGACCAUACUUGAAGUGUAAGUGCAAGAGAGAGAAGAACAAGGACUGUGGGGAUACGCCUCUUUGGUUUGAUCACGCGAUCUGGUACCUAUUAGCGCAUCCAGACAUUCUCUUCCCAACUAUGACCUCGAUCAAAGUCCGCACGUCGAUGCUUAUACACUAUCUUAGGACUACCUGGAGAGAUGGUGUGCUUGCGGCGAUCGGCUUCCACUUCCUCAGGGACCUGAUGAUCGGCUUCGUUAAGGAGCUUCAGGCCGACGCAACCCUGAACGCCGAGAGCAUAAUGAAGGAGGAUCGUCUCUGGAAUUACCCCAUCCCGGCUGCGCUCGCACGGAUUAUGUUUCCAACACGGAUUCCUGAGAAACCAUCGAGAUUCCCGCUUGCCUCUCCACGAGCUGCGGCGAGGAAGAGGGGUGUAGGGGCGCAGGUUCCGGGCCAAACCACGCUGAACUUCCAGAGGGUCCGCCCUGUGGAGGGCGCUCCUUCUUCCCCGCCGCCUCCUCCUCCUCCUCCCCCUUCCCCCAUGCCUCCUCCUCCUCCUCCACCCCCUCUUCCACAGCAACCUCCGGUAAUGAUGGUCGCGGGGAAUGGACCGGUGGCGAAUGGGCCGCAUUUGGCUGACGCUGCUCACGAUCCUCCUCCAACAGAGGGGCAACGAGCGGUCCCGCUGCGUGCCGCAUGGGCACCAGUUCUUGCCUCCCCUAUCCCUUCCGUGCAGCACCCCCUGAUGAUUAUCAGAGGACUCACCCCACCACCAGUCAUCCACAUCUCGCCAGGAAGCUCCGCGCAGUCCACACUCACCCAAAUCGGUUGGACCUACAACUGCAGCACAGCCUCAAAGUUGUGCAGACCGGCAGAGUUUUUCUGUGAAUUCGACGUAGCACGCUGGAUGGACAGCUAUGAUCCGGAGCACUGUCCCUGCAGGGCGCAGAGAUAUGCGGACAUGCGCAGCACAUGGUCAAUCGAGCUACUCCAGAACGAAGGUUGCACGCACGUUAUUACCCUGGAUUCGUCCAUUACGGACAAUCCAUCGCUUCAGGGGAUCAUCAAUGCUGGCCUCAAUCAUAUCCCAUGCAUGGCCCUGGACGUGGAUGAGGCAACCACCGAGUUGGGGAACUUCUUGGACGAUCUUUUUGCAUGGGUGUUGGAACUGCGCGAGCUCACUGACUCCACCAAGUCGUUUUUGCGCAAGAUCAUUCUGAAGAAGGCAGGAGGGAAAAUGGAGAAGUAUCGCAUGGCGCACACGCACGCUGCUCUGGAACCUUUUGAGCAUCCGGCGGUUAAGAAGGAGCUGGAGUUCUUGACGCACAGAUUCCUCAUUUGCCCAACUGAUAAGGCCCCUAACACCCUGGCCUUUGUAUGCAAGAACUUCAUCCGGAAGCUCGCCUUCCAGAGGUUGUCCGGACCGGAGUUCGCCUGCGUCAACGCCUCUCCCGCGGCGAUCCUUACGAGCAUACAUGGUGAGCUCUCCGCAUUCCUCGCACUUCUUGUGGUGCCUGCGACGCUUCCGUACCUCAUGACAGUGCUAAAGGCGCACAAGGGCACCUUCUGGUGGAUCACGAAUACCGCCAACACCAUCAUCUCGCCUGCGGCUGAAGUAUGCGCCUGCCUGCUACGAUUCCUACUUCCGCUUGUGCAAACUUUUUGUCUGGAAAGGAGCAUGGAGGUGCAGCAACAACACGGGGUGAAACCCAACCUAUGGUGGUCCAUAAACUCGGUAGGCGAAUUCUGCGCGAACUUACCUGAGAAAGUCUACUCGGUGUUCACGGCCGAUAUUACCAGGUGCUUCGAGACCAUCCCCACGGACGGCUCCAAAGACAGUCUCUCGGCGGCGGUCAGAUUCUAUGUGCAGUGUGCAAUGCGGAUCAGGAGGGAGAGAAAUUCUAGCCACGCAAUCCGGAUCAGGUUUGGAGGGAACGACAAUCCUUGGCCUUCGUGGGCGGAUGCUGAUCAGCCGGAGGAGAUGGGUGCGCUGCUGUUCAAGGAGGAGGACAUCUGCUGGAUUACGGGCUGGUGCAUUGCAAACAGCUUGCUGCGCAUGGGGGAUUACGUGUGGAGGCAGGUGAGGGGCAUUCCCAUGGGAUUGGCUUGCUCUCCCAUCUGGUGUGACAUAUACUUUUUCAAGUAUGAGUAUCACGCCAUGAUAAGGCUUGUGGACACAGGGAAUGUCCACUUGAUCCCAUGUUUUGACAACACCUGCAGAUACAUUGACGAUCUGGGGGCGGUUAACAACACGGUCAUCGGCGGGUUUCUGCGCAAGAAGGGGGACAGACUGGCGGAUGAUCCAUGCUGGAUCUAUCCGGAGAAAUACACCGAGAUAAAGGAGAAUACGAAAGUUAGUAAGGAUGGAGUCGGGCUGGUUGCUAAUUUCCUCAGUAUGACAGUUACCGUUACCUGCCCCAUCGCCGACGCUUACUCCACCACCAAGCAUGACAAGCGUGGUGGACUCGGUUUUUCUCCCUGUAGGUUCAUAAAGUACAGAUCUAACAAGAGCGUCAAGCAAUCACUGCAGAUCAUCACGGCGCAGGUGGCACAAAUUUUCCUACUAUGCUCUGAACCGGAGGGCGCCACAAAUGAGAUCGCAAAGGUCGUGACAGCAAUGACGGGGAAUGGUUUUUCUGCGGAGUCCUGUUGGAAGGUGGUCAAGAGGACCCUCCGGAUGGCGCAUAUCUACCAACUGGGUAGAUUGUCGGUACACGUAAUUAGGGAGGCCCUAUCCAGUCUAUAUGGGAUUGCUGGCUAACGUGUUGUAAUUGUGUCUGUGAAUGUGCGUUUGUGUGUGUAUGGUGUCCGAGGGAUGACCUGGCCAAAGGGGCCGGUUGUCCUCCGGGCAUCCGACCCCCGCGGCCCUGGUUAUCCCUCGGAGGGUAUGGGGUGGGACACACACACACACAUACGCAUACAGGUGGAGGGACGACAUAGGGAGCGGGAAUAUGGCCGUGAGGGAACACUGCUGGAACUACAGGAAUGGAACUCCCCCUCCUUUUUCUGUUUUCUGUUUUCUUUUUUCUUUUUUUCUUCCUUUUUUUUUUUUUUUUUUUUUUUUUUUUUUUUUUUUUUUUUUUUUUUUUUUUUUUUUUUUUUCCUCUUUUUCUUCUUUUUUUCUUUUCCUUCUCCUUCUUUUCCUGUCCCCCUUUUUUUGAUAAUUUUUUCCCCUCUUUUUUUUCCUUUUUUCCUUUUGUUUGCCUUCUAUCCUUUUUUCUUUUUCUUUUUUUCUUUGUGUCUUUUUUCUUUUUCCGGUUCUUCUUCCCUUUUUUUGUAUUACCCAGCUGAGCGGAUGUACAACGUAGGUUGAUUGUUUCGCCGCUCCUUUUUGAGAAUAAAUGAGGGCCCCCCCC